AUGAAUACUUUGGCCCUCCACAAUCCCGAGAUUCGAGAUCGACUCCAGGCACUAGAGUACGAAGUGCAUACUCUAAACUUAGGCUGCGCACCUUUGGCUCGCAGGUUCGGUCUAAAUGACAACCUCGAAUAUGAUGCUAUGUCAUUCCUAUCGGUCUCGGAAUCACUGCAGGAAGGAGAGGUUCUUGAGUACCCUUAUAUCGACUAUUGGCCUGCAGCACGCAAGCAAGGUGAGAUCCAACGACGAACCAAAGCUUUGGAGAAGGGGAUUCGUGUCAUGAAAUGGAACCUUCGGCUCCCUGACACGAUCUCCCACCCAGUUCCUCCCGUCUUGGUUGACGCGGUUAAGCCUACCCCGCCUGAAGAUGUCUAUCGCUUGGCCCCUGCGUUCGAAGCAUUACUAGAUGACCUUCAAAACGCUGGAAUGGUCGAAAGGAGUAAGGGGUUGUACUAUACCAGUACUGCCGCACAACCGAAGCAGCAAAUGGAGAACGAAACCAGGAUGGCCUAUCACUUCAGACGGCACGAGAAUCCCAAUCUAGCUGGACCUAUUCCUGACCUCAACCCAAAAUUGCGUGCCGGCAGGAUCAAGGCUAACCCGCAUCCUAACCUCUCAAUCAAGCACUCCAUUCUCAAGGAUUUUAUCCUCGACGCUAAACGCAGUAUCAGGAAUGUUGCCUGCACUCUCUACCUCCGUCGCGAGUGCAAGCCACAGUAUACAUACAACUUCAACGAGCUUGAGGCAAAUAUGUUCUACAACUGGCGAUGGGUGCGUUCUCUGCAACCAGUAGACGUUCUUCCUGGUGAUAUAGAGGUCCUUUGUGUACGUAGCCAGAUGAUCUGCGACAUGAUUAGCAACAGAGAUGACCCCAUCUUUGAGGAUCGCGCUGCGUUGUGGCCCUCCAUCGUAUUUGAACGUCUGAUGCCUGACUUUCGCGACAUUGAGAGGGCUGGCUUCCGCGUUUUUGGCGUGGCGAUUAUGCAAGGUAGAUGGGGUUGUGCCUUUGUGGCUGGAUCGCCAUGGCUUCUGGAUUUCUGGCGUGUCCGUCCACAAAGGACACUAGAAGUGCCUCUUUUCUUAUGGUCCAAGGUUCCUUUCUUCGAUUAA